AUGGCUUUGGAGCAUGGUCAGAGCUUUGCUGGCAGCAGGCGCGACGCGAACGCGUCCGGCGCCGAAGGAUCAACGGCUUGGCACAUUUUAUGCAAGAAAAUUAAUGACCCCUUUGAGAAGCCCUUCAUCGACUUAUUCAAACAUUGUCGGCAAAGAAAUCGAAGGUUGCGCAUCAACGCCCAAGACGCGCUCGGUAACACGCCGUUGCACGUGUUUGUGCAACGGAGCCCGACGAGUUCCACCCCGCAUACGAUCGACUUUUUGCUGAGUCACGGCGCUGAUUUGAAUUUGGCCAACGACGAGGGAUCGACACCUCUGCACAUCGUUUGCAAAUUACACGGGCGCGAUUUUCUAGAUGACGGAAGGAGGGAGGUGGGCUGCAAGUUGCUGGAAAACGACGCCAAUCCAAAUUUAGCAGAUAAGAAGGGAAUGACUCCUCUCCACUCUGCUCUCAUGAACCACAACGUGGAUUCGGAUUUGAUCGCAUUGAUGUUGAGAAAAGGCGUCGAUCCAAAUUUGGCCGACGAGCAGGGAAUGACUCCUCUCCACUUGGAUGUCAAAAUGAAAGACCAGAAUUUGAUCGAGUCGAUGUUGAUGAGAGGCGGCAAUCUGAAUUUAGCAAAUAAGAAGGGAAUGACUCCCUUCCACUUUGCUCUCGAGCAUAACAACGAAGCUUGGAUCAUAAUGCUGUUGAAAAAAGGCGGCGAUCCAAAUUCGGCCAACGAGGAGGGAAUGACUUUUCUGCACUUGGUUUGCUCGAGUCGCGAAUGCGACCUCGAGGCGGCGGAUACGCUGCUCGAGCUCGAGCGGAUAUUAUGCAACGACGAGCAUCGGCCGCUGCAGAUCGACGCUCGGGACAAGAAGGGCAGGACACCGCUGGAAUUGGCGGUGGCGAAUUUUUGGCCGCUGACGGUCGAAGCGAUCUUGGAGCGCAGCGUCGAUGUAUCCAACUUCGUUUUCCCCACCGAGAGCUGCUUCGGCGAGGGAGGGCCAUGGCUGAGCUUGGAAGUUCGGUUGAUGAGUAAAUUGAAGCUGGUCGCUAGCGCUAUGGCCAUCGUUGAAAGUUUAGAGAAAAGGGGAUACGAAUUUUACCGAAGCGACGCUCUGAGGAUCGUGAAAUUUUUCGCCGACAACGAGCUGUUCGAGAACGCGUAG